AUGGCGUCUCCCUCUCCUCCACGGCACCAGCGCACCCCCACUCCCCCCCGACAGCACUCCCCCUCCUCCCACUCUGGUUCCUCCGCCCAGCGACACUCUCAGUCUCCCCCUCGUCGCCGUCGCUCCUCCUCCCCGGCCUAUCAUCGCAGCGCAGCAGCUCCGGCUUCUGCCUCCUCCCCUCAGAGCUCCCGGCGUUCCCGAUCCCCCCUCGCCUCCCACGACGCCUCCUCUCCCCCCCGCCGCUCCGACAGAUCCAGCCCCAGCCAGCGGCACUCGAGAGGCCGAGAGAGGAGCCGGGGGGAACGAGAGAGGAGCCCCCCCGCCCAGGAGCGCAGACCUGAGCGCAGAGACGAAAGCCGCAGCAAACGCGAGAAGGAAGGCGUCCGCGACGACCGGGACUUUGACUCCGAGCAGGUCUCGUCACGGGACGCCCGGGAAGACCGAGAGACGAGAGAGGCUCGGGAGAGAAGGGAGACUCGCGACAGAGGAAGGGAAACAACCCGUGACAACCGAGACAAUACCAGAGACGCCAAGGACCCCAGAGAGAGCAGGACGGAGACCCGCCCCACCCGAGAGUCUCCAGAGCGCCGCGACCGGGAACGGGAACGAGAGAGGGACCGCUCAAACAGAAACUCCAGAGGAUCCCAACUGGAAAGCAGCCACGACAACUGGGACUCCCGGAGCAGCGCGGUGAGGGAACGGAGCGCCGAGAGGAGCACGGACCGCAGCGCUACGGAGAGGAGCUCAGAGAGGGGUUCGGACCGAGAUCGAUACGAAGGCGAGCGCAGAGGAGAGCCGGCCCGCGACUCCUCGUUCGACCGGAGGGGAGGACACGGAGAGAGGGAGCGCAGAGACAUCCGGGAGAGAGCCGGAGAUCAAAGAGCAGCCUCCCCAAACCGACACCAGGGGAGAGCCGAAGAGCCCGAGAGGGAGGAGAGGAGGGAGGAGCGCCGGACUGAUCGACCAGAAGACCGGGAGAGGAGGGACAGGGAGAGAGAUCGGGAGCAGCGGGAGAGGGAGAGGCAGCGGGAAUGGGAGGAGCGAGAGAGAGGGAGAGAGGAAAGACGGGACAGGAGGGAUGACCCCAGGGACGAGCGACCCGUCAGAGACACCCGGGACGACAGGAAGGCCAGUCGUAAGAGGCCCAGAGUGGAGAGCAGCCCGAGCCCCCGUGCCUCGCCUAAGCGCACAGCUCGUGACUUAAGUCCUGCAGAGAGCGACGGCUACAACAGUGCGGAAGAGAAAAGUGAGCGCCCAAUUGGCCGGGGGCAGGCCAAGCUCCACCCUCCGCCCCUCCUCCCGAACCCAGUGUGUCCGCAUCCAUCUGACAGUUCAGAGAAGAACCGUGUGCCGAGCCAGGUGGUGCGGCCCCAGGAUCCUUUGCUGCGCACUCCGCCGGUGGCUCCUGUGUCUGAGGAGAAACCGAGUCACUGGAAGGAGGAGGAGCGCAGAGGAGCCGGGGAGAAAAGGGAAACUCGCGGCAGCCGCCACGAGGAACCAGAGCCUCGCGUGGAACGGAGCAGAGGCGACAGACGAGGAGAACCCCUCGCUGACCCCCCGUCUGACUCUCGAAGCAGAGGCAGAGACCUGCGAGAGCCCACUCCUCCCCCUCACUCCUCCGCCUCCUCCCUCCUCUAGCGCUAGUCA